AUGGAAGCUAGAAACGAAGAAGGAAGUCUAUUGAGCUCAAUUAGACCACCAAAAUUAGAAGAUGCAGGCCUGGAAGAUUGUGCAUUAUCUCAUGAUUCCAUAAAAGAAGCAUUUUUCAAAGCUGCAAAUUCUCUUAAAUCUUGGGCUCCAACUGAUCUUGAUUCAGAAGAUGAGGAUCACAAAGAAGAAUUAGGAUUACCUGAUUCUCUGAUUGGUAUCAAACCAGCUUCUGAUCCUCCAUCAUCAUCUUGUUCUAAUGAAAAAGGGAAUGGUUUGCCUGAAGUGAUUGGCGAUGAAGUUUGUGUUGGUGGCGAUGGUAAUGAAAUCAGUGAGAAAGAAUCUGAUCGAAUUUUAGGUUUGAAUAUUCCUCAAGGUAAAAAAGAAGAUGUUUGUAUUGAUGGAUUGCAAGGGCUAAAAAUUGAUGAUGAUGAAGAUGAAGAUGAUGAAGAAGAAAGUGAAUCUGAGAAUCCCAUUUUAGUUGAAGCUUUAAUUUGA